GGGUGCAACAUCUCACCAUCUUGGUCAGAACUUCGCCAAGAUGUUUGAGAUAAUGUUUGAGGAUCCAAAGAGGCCUGGUGAGAAACAGCUGGCUUUCCAGAACUCCUGGGGAAUCACAACCAGGACUAUUGGUGUCCUCACCAUGGUGCACGGAGACAACAUGGGACUCGUACUGCCCCCCAGGGUGGCCUGCCUGCAGGUUGUCAUCAUCCCAUGUGGCAUCACUGCCUCCCUGCCAGAGCAGGACAAGGAUUCACUGAUGGCUCAGUGCACUAAAUACCUGAACAGGCUGCUGGAUGCUGGCAUCAGGGUGAAGACUGACCUCCGAGACAACUACUCCCCAGGGUGGAAGUUCAACCACUGGGAACUCAAG